UUUUAAUUUAAAUAAUCAGUUAGAUAUGUCAAACAAUAGAAGUAAUGUAUAGUGAAAUAAAUUAGAUUAUUCACCAUCAAGAGAGAGAGUAGCAAAAAUAAGUUCUUAAUUAAGUUAAAUGGAUUUAACAAUAGAAGGAGAGAGAGUAAUAUAAAUAAUAAAUAUAUAGACUAAAAGAAUAGAGGAAUCAGAGACAAGAUUAGAUUAAUUGGAAUCUGGAUUGAAUGAAUUGAAUGAAUAAUUAAGUUAAAGAGUAGCCUUGAUAAAAGAUAGUGUAUUGAAAUUAUAGAAAGUGUUGGAUUAAACAAAAUUAUAAAGAGAAUAACAUUUCGAAUAGAAAUAAAAGGAAUAUAUAGAUUUAGAGAAUUCAUUCAAUUAGGCAGUUGAAGGAUUGACAUCAACAAGAAAAGAUGGAGAAUAAAAGAUUAUAAGAUUUAUUGAAGAGAAGACAGGAUUGAUAAGAAGUGAAUUGAGUACAGAAAGUAGAACAAGAAAUGAAAAUAUUGAAAGAUUAAAUUAAUGUUUAGAAACAGAUUUACCAAGAUUACAUGAAGCUAUAAAGACAGAAGUAGCAGAAAGAGAAGAAAUGGAUUCAAAUAUAUCUAGAAAAAUGAAUGAAGAAUUAAGCAAAUUAAACUAAUUAUUAGUUUAAGAGAAAGUCAAUAGAUAAGAAUCAGAAUAAGCAAUCUUUGAUAUGUUAAAAGAUGUUGUCAAUAGAAUCAAAACUGAAGUUGACAAUGAAAAAAAAUAAAGGUUUCUAUUUCUUAUUAUCAUCUUAGAGAAUCAACAGAAGAAACACUUCUAGCUUUAUUAGAAGAUACUUGCAAUAAAGUUAAUGCAGCUUAACUAGCAUGAGUUCAAUAUCAUUAUUCAAUCCACAAAUACAAAUACA